GUAUGGUGAAGUAAACUGUUCUCAAGUGUACUUGUUAGAAAAAUAUAAACCGGAGACAAGAUAGAAAACAAAAAUUACUUUUUUCAUUCUAAUUUGAACAAAAUAUUUUCUUAACUCCAAACUACUAAUGUGCACAUAAUGUCUUUGGCCCUAAGAAAAAGUACGGACCUAUUGUCGGCAGCAAAAUGGAUACUUCGAAGAGAUUUUCGACCUCUAUCAACGUUGCCAGAAAAGGCUGAAGAAACUCAAGUAUCUGCAGGGAAGAAAUCUAAACGUAGGCCUCCAAAAAACACUUUGUUGGAAUGUCGUCAUGCAUACCCUGAAUUUUUGCCUGACCCUAAUCCUGAUUGGCGGAACAGUCUUCGUGAGAAAUUAGAAAGAGCUGAUAUGUUGAAGAGGAGGAGUAAAAUUGAUAUACCUGAGUUUUAUGUUGGUUCAGUCCUUGCAGUGACUAUAUCUGAUCAUCAUGCACAAGGCAAAACUAACAGAUUCGUGGGAAUCUGCAUUGAGAGGAAAGGCUGUGGGCUAAGAGCUGAAUUCACACUGAGGAAUGUGGUUGAUUUUCAGGGAGUGGAGGUGAGAUAUGACCUCUAUGACCCAACAAUCCAGCAGAUACAAGUGCUUCGUUUAGAAAAACGCCUCGAUGACAAAUUGUUCUACUUGAGAGAUGCCUUGCCGGAGUACAGCACCUUCCCAUUUGAUAUGGACAUGGAGAUACUGCCUGAAGGGACUCCGGUGCCUGUUAAUCCAGUGCAGGUGAAACUAAAGCCAAAACCAUGGCUCGAAAGGUGGGAACGGCAGGAUCUCAAAGGCGUAGCCAACAUAGAGGAGUACUUGAAAGAAAAAGACAGAAAGAGAAGGGAACAACAUAGGAAACCGUGGGAGAAAUAUGACUUGAUGAAGGAAUACAGGAAAACCAUACCCAUCGAAGAUCAAAGUAACAUUUGGGAGGAGGUGUACAAUCAAUUGCAAAUUAUACAGUCCACACAGAAGAAGAUUGCGAGAAAGCGUACUUUUACCACGCCAAAGCCUAAACUUGGCUAGUAUUUUAAUAUAUAUUAGAAAUUAUAUUGUUAAAUGUGUAGUAAUAAAAUGCUGAUGUAGAUUGCCUUCGA